GUGCUUCUCAACUCAAAUUAGGGAAGUUAUGCAUAAUAAAAGUUAAAAUAAAUGCAACCGUUACAGAUUUUAAAAUUGGAAGAAGCUGCAUUUGAAAUACAACAUUGGCAGUGGAAACAACAACAAAGGUAGAGAAAGAAAUGACAGAAGAAGAGGAGUAUCUGCAACUGCAACACCUCAGAUCCAAAGCAACAGAGCUUUUCAUCAGAGAAGAAUGGAAGGAUUCAAUCGAUGCAUAUACCCACUUCAUCAACCUCUGCACCCACCAAAUCCAAAUCUCCCAUUCUCACCCUGAAAAGCUUCGCAAAUCCCUCUGCAUUGCCCUCUGCAACCGCGCCGAAGCGAGCUCCAGGUUGCGCGAUUUCCACUGCGCAUUGCAAGAUUGUGACCAUGCUCUCAAUCUCGAUCCCACUCACUUCAAGACCUUGGUCUGCAAAGGUAAGAUCUUGCUCGGUCUCAACAGGUACUCAAUGGCUCUGGAAUGCUUCAGAAUCGCUCUGCUUGACCCUCAGGCUGCUGGGAACUCUGAGACCCUAAAUGGGUAUUUUCAGAAAUGUAAAAAGUUUGAAUUUUUGUCAAGAACAGGGUCUAUUGAUCUCUCAGAUUGGGUUGCAAAUGGGUUCCCGGGAAAGGCGCCGGAGCUCGCGGAACACAUUGGUGCUGUGGAGAUCAAGAAAUCGGAGAUCAGCGGGCGCGGUCUGUUCGCGACGAAGAAUAUUGAUGCCGGGUCGUUGAUCUUGGUCACCAAGGCUAUAGCAAUUGAGAGAAGUUUGUUGAAUGAAGGUAAAGAUUUGAGUGAGGAUGCACAAUUGGUAAUUUGGAAGAAUUUUGUUGAUAAGGUUUCGGAGUUUAUCAGGAAAUGUCACAAGACUAGGAGUUUGAUUGGUAGGUUGUCAAUUGGGGAGAAUGAGGAUGGGCUUGAAGUGCCUGAUGUGGAUCUCUUUAGGCCUCAGAAUGUGGAGGAUGUGGAAUCAAUUGAGGAGAUUGAUAUGGUUAAGCUACUUGCUAUAUUGGAUGUGAAUUCUCUCACUGAGGAUGCUGUUUCGGCUAAUAUUUUGAGAAAGCAGAAUGAUUGUUAUGGUGUUGGGUUGUGGUUGCUGCCUGCUUUCAUCAAUCAUUCAUGUUGUCCUAAUGCAAGGAGGUUGCAUGUGGGGGAUUAUCUGAUUGUUCAUGCUUCCAAAGAUUUGAAAGCUGGUGAAGAGAUCACUUUUGCUUAUCUUGAUCCUUUGUCUCCCUUGAACAAGAGGAAAGAGAUGUCAGUGACCUGGGGAAUACAUUGCAAGUGUAGGAGAUGCAAAUUUGAAGGGGAAAUCUUCUCCAAACAAGAGAUGAAAGAGAUUGAGAUUGGUGUUGAAAGAGGGUUGUUGGAUGUGGGUGGUGUUGUGUAUAAACUAGAGGAUCAGAUGAAGAGGUGGAAGGUGAGGGGAAAAGAGAAAGGGUUUUUGAGGGCAUCUUUUUGGUCUGCAUAUUCAGAGGCUUAUAGGUCUGAGAGGUCCAUGAAGAGAUGGGGGAGGAGGAUUCCGGCGCUCGAUGCGGUGGUUGAUAGUGUCACUGAUGUAGUUGGGGGUGAUCACAGGUUGCUCAGGAUACUGGUGGAGGAGAUGAAGAAAAAUGGUGGUGGCCAUGUGGAGAUGGAAAAAGUCUUCAAGUUGGCCAAAGAUGUGUAUGGAAAGGUAGUGAAAAAACAAGCAAUGAGGAAAAUUCUUGAACUCUGCAUUGCUGAUUGAUUGUUCGUUUGAAUGAAUGAAUAAAUUUAUAUUUCAUUUUCUGCAACACUUCCGGCAAAGUCUUAAAAGUUAAAACCAAACACUUCCUGCAGGGGGGACUGUGUGUGAAGUUGGGUCAUAUGAAAGAACUCCAGAGAAGAUUUUAAGUGUCUCCUUUUACCUUCUGUUUUUGAUCCCCUAUGUUUUUCUACAAGAAGAUUUAAUGUAUAGAUAGGAUGACCAAAAGAAAGAAACCAAGGCAAACAGAAUGGAGCCAGGCAAAAUGGUAGCAGUAGCUUUAAUUUUUCAGUUUCUCUACUUACUUAUUGUUGUUGCUCUUAUAUAUGAGAAGCCAAUUCAGGAGGAGAGGAAAUUCAAUCUGCCAUGUUUCAUCAGUCAUUGUAUCAUGCAUGCAUGUAUAUGAUUAUGAUGAGGUUUUAAUUUUUGAUAUUCUUUAAUCUUUAUCAUGGUAA